GGAAUGACACAACCUAUCAUUCAGUAGAAACUCAGAUCAAGAUCAACAGAACAAUAUGAUAUUUCAGCUGAAAACAGAUUGCAAUUAAACUUUUCCUAUUUCUUAUUACUGUUCUAAUAACGUGAAGAGGAAAUAAAGCUACCUAAUUAAAGCAAAAAAUAUCUGGAUUCUAAACUUUUAUUCAGUGAAAAAGAUUUGACACAGUCCAAAGUUCAAGAUAAGUUGUGCUUUAGUUGCUCGAAAAAUAUUUCAUAGAUACCCAAACUUUAAUUAUCAUUUCACAAAGUUCAAGAGUUCACAACCACUAUUAAUAUCAUUUCUUGGGAUUCAAUUUGGUAAAAAAGACGGAGAAAAUAAAGACAAAAGUUCAAUUCAUACAAUGACUGAUCUCAAAGUUCAACUUGAAAAAGCCGAUCAGCUGGUCGAGGAUAACAAAUAUCAAGACGCUGUCGAUUUUCUAAAAACCCUCGAUGUGUCAAAUCCCGAAGUAUCACGGAGGCUAGGAAGAGCGCUAUUUAAACUGUCGGGAAGUGAAUCCAAUAAUGCUAACAAAGCUCAAAUGAUUCGUGAUGGUUACAAAUUCGUCUCAGAAUCGUUGGAGAAAGAUGAUACCAACUUUGCAACGCAUAAAUGGUAUGCAAUUCUACUCGAUGCCAAAUCUAACUUAGAUGGAAUUAAAGAACGCAUAACACAACUGGAGAAUGUGAAGAAACAUAUGAUGCGAGCAAUCGAAUUAAAUCCAGAAGAUCCAACAAGUCGCUACAUUCUCGGUGAGUUUGCGUUUGGUUUGGCUGACCUUCCAUGGUAUCAGAGAAAAAUUGUUUCAACUAUUUUCGCAACACCACCCAGUGGAACAUACGAAGAAGCUUUGGAAAGCUUUCUUAAAGCCGAAUCACUCGAAGCUGAUUUUUAUUCCAUGAAUAAACUGAUGAUUGGCAAAUGUUAUUACCAACUUAAGAAUAUGGAAAAAGCCAAAGAAUAUUUGACGAAAGCUGUCAACAUUCCAGUUCAAAAUGAAGAUGACAGAAAGUGCAAAAGUGAAGCAGAAUCACUUUUAAAGAAAGUGAAAUAAUAAUUGUAACUAAUUAUUAAAAGCCAUGACGAUAGCGUUUGCUACCUAGUCAGAAUAAUUAAAAAUUAUUUGAUCGAAUUUUCUUUUUUUUUCAAUUUUGUAAUUGUAGAAAAAUAAUUGAAUAAAUUUUUUUUGAUACGCACAUGAAAAA